AUGGCUCGUUUAAAAGUACAGAACAAAAAUACAAAAGCUCAUCACGAAGAAAAGAAAAGAAGGCAGCGCGAAGCUAUGAGAAGGCUAGGUGAAUCAAGGCGACAGGAUCCAGAGAAGUAUGAAGAAUACAAGCGAAAAGAACGGGAACGGUAUUACCGGAGAAAAGAAGCAGGCCAAAUUAAAACCAUUGACCAAAUGUCAGAAAGAGAAAAACGGAAUCAAAGGAAAGAGUGGCGGAAUAGAAGAAAAAAACACUAUCUUGGAAAGAAAAAUGCAAAGGAGCUCGAGCUUAAAUUACAAGAAAACUCACCACCUGCCACUCCAAUCCCGGAAGAACUAAUGGCUGAAGCAAAUACUUCAAGAAAGAGAUGA